AGGGGGUGUGCAUUUCCCCCGUUCCCGUACAUAAGAAGCUUGACCGUCGCUCCGCACACAACUCUUGCACCAUGACGAGCCGCGACAGCAUGCCACCAACAGAUAUGAGCGCCUUCAUCGAGCUAUGGGGCUCCUCGGCCUGUGUGAGCCCCGUCAGCAGCAGCGCCAACCUCAUCUGUGACUUCUCUCUCCUUGACUCCCAUGAGGCCGAGCUUGCUUUCCUGCAAGACUGGGAGACGUCGGAGAAGACACCAUCGAGAGCCGAGCACCAGGAGCUGGCAGACGACAUCAGCGCCAGCCGAGACGAGGACUAUGCUACCAGCUGCCCCAGCGACUACAUCGGCGAGGACAGGAGGGGGCGCUUGAUCGUAAGGAAUGGAUGCGCUACACUUCCGAGGUUGGGAUCGAGGACGAGGGACACGAGGAGGGGUAGGACGGAAUGCAAUGGAAGCAAGAGCAUGUCAUUGUGUAGGUCGAGAGAAUGUAGACGAAGCUUGUGUAUAGAGAUGUUUAUCGAGUCAAUAAAUGACUGAUGGAAUGU